CUAUCACAUCGCGAUGCCCCACCAGAUGACAGCAAAGAGCCCACCGAUGGAGUGGAAAAGCAACCCUGUGGAAGAGUGGAAUGCCGGUAGAAGACCUGGAAGCUGGAGCUGCGACGAGCUUCUUUCCUUUGAUCCAGCGGCCAUUUCCGACCUUCCAUCCUCCAAUCCCAUCACCACAACUUCAUCCCACCACGUCCGCCUCGACUGAGUGCUCCAGCCCGACCCGACCCUUCCACUUCUCCCAGCUUAUGGAUUAUACCCAAAGGUGACCACCUGCAGCUUCCGCUGCCUCUUUACAAAGUUCCAUUCGCAUUCCACCACCACUGUUCCCGUCUAGAGUAUACAUAAAGCUUCCCGUCUGUCGCAAUGGCUAGCAGAGGGGUCCUCCCCCAAAUCCUCACGGGUCGGCUCAACCCGCGCGCGUCAUCCUUGCUCGCUCGCGCCAGCCCUUUCCGCUCCCAACCUGCCUUGCCCCCAAGCUCGCUAUACUACCAGAGACAAACUCCCCUAUUACGGCGCAGAUAUGCCACGGCACGCGACAACAACGAUGCGGCCGAUCAGGCGAAGGACACCAAGGAGGGUGUCGAGCAUGAAGACGCCGCAAACGCCGCCGCGGAUACGGCAUCCAAGGACACAAAGUCCAAGCAGGCCGUGCUAGACGAGGCCUCGAGCUCUUCUGCGUCCUCCAGCACCACGACUCUCAACGACACGAAUGACUGGGAGACGAACGUGAACAUGAACAUCGACUCUUUCAAGCAACUACCCCACGCGAAUUUCGGUGUCAACCAGUUUAUUCCCUUCGAUCCCGAGUUCAGGGAGGUUCUUAAGCAGAUACCUUGGGAAUUCCGGGCCCCAAUUCGCUACGCGUUCGCCUACGGCUCUGGCGUUUUCCCGCAGUCCAAAUCCAGCGGCAGGGUGCCUACCGACGAAGAGCUCCGCAAGAUUCACCCCAAGGCGCCCGAGGCCGUCAAAAGAGCCCAGGAUGGAACCCCCAAGAUGAUCGACUUCAUCUUUGGCGUCACCCAUACGCAACAUUGGCAUUCCCUCAACAUGAAGCAGCACCGUGACCACUACUCAGCAUUGGCGAGUCUGGGUUCGGGUGCGGUUUCAUACGUUCAGGACAAAAUAGGUGCUGGAGUAUACUUCAACCCCUACGUCAUUGUCAAUGGCAUCUUGAUCAAGUACGGUGUUGUACAACUGGAUACGCUAGAGCGGGAUCUCACCCAGUGGGACACCCUUUAUCUUGCUGGACGACUGCACAAGCCUGUCAAGAUUCUCCGUGACGAUCCCAAGAUUCGGUUGGCAAACCAGAUCAACCUCUUGUCUGCUCUUCGGACAGCCCUGUUGUUGCUGCCACCCAAGUUCACCGAAGACGAGCUCUUUGCUACUAUCGCUGGUAUCAGCUAUCUUGGCGACCCUCGCAUGUCUCUUCCCACUGAGAACCCGAGCAAGGUGAAGAACAUUGUCGGCAACAACAUGACCAACUUCCGACGUCUGUAUCUCCCCCUGAUCGAGACACUGCCCAACGUGGAGUACAAUGAUGCCGGUGCCACCGAACGGGAUUGGAUCUGGAACGACAAGAGCCUCAAUCUCGUGCAAGAUAUGGACCCUGUCAAGCGCGGCAACAUGGUUCGCCGGUUGCCCAAGGCUUUCCGGUCGAAGCUCUACUUUGAGUACCAGAAGAAGUUUGCGAUCCCCCAGCUCGAGUUCAACAAGAUGAUGGAGGAAAGUCAAAAUGAGGACGCCGUGUCGUUCAAGCGUCGCCAGGGUGGAGGCUUUGAACAGCGCAUUGCCAGCGACGACCCUGCGGAGCUUCGCAAAGUGGUCCGGAAGGUCAUCAAGCAGACCAUCAGCUGGCCAGCCACCAUGCAGUCUUUGAAGGGCCCUCUUACGGCCGGUUUCAAGCGCACGAUACGUUACCUCUCCGAAAAGAUGGAUAAGUACCAUCAAGGACGUGACGCUGAGAAGGCCAAGACCGCGGCUUCCGACGAGAAGCCUAGCGAAAAGUCGGAGAUCGACAGCAAUUCGGAAAAGAAGUAGAUCCUCUUUAUGACCAAGGUCACUGACCUGUUUGUGGUUUCUGCCAUGUAUCUGGCUUCAUUGGCUGUAUCAGUAUUGUACGUUCCUGGGAAGGGUGAGUUGGGCAUUCUGCUGUGGCCAGGUUACUAAGCUACGACGAUUGAGGGGGGGAUUUGGGAGCAGCGCGUUCUAUUUUUCGGUGUAAAACAUUACAUUAUCACGGCAUGGCGGUAUCAUUUCGCACUGGCGGACCCAAAAUUCCGAAGGGGAGCAAGAAGAUCAAGCAGGCUAGGCGUUUAUGUGGUUUUGGCUUGUGUGUGUCUUCAAGAGACUGUAAAGCGAAAUAAACACCCGUGGGUUGGUUCAAAUGGGGUUGAUGGGCUGCAUAGAUUUAUGCCCACUGCAUCAUCAGCAUGUAGAAGUCAUUCGAUAGAGUCGUGUAUUUGUUUAGAUUCUCACCAUAGGGAGCCAGACUCAUGCUUGGAAACGAUUUUGACUAGGUAGACGCAGAUUGGAUC